AUGGCAGCACAAGACGAGGAUACAAUUUUUGGCCACGACGCUUCACGGGUCCAGGUAGGAGCGGAGCCGUACAUCCGCGGUUCGCCAUCCACCGAUUCUCCGAAAGAUAAACACAUUUCUCUCUCCGAGAACGAGAUCACCAGCUCAAACUCGGGUGAGGAACCGAAUGUGGAGCAUGGCUCAUCACGUCAAGCCCUCGAAAAACGACUGGUUCGCAAGCUUGACUUCAUCUUUCUACCAUGGGCAUGCCUCUCAAUCAUCAUCAAAAAGAUUGACCAAAGCAACUACAAAGCUGCCUAUACAGCCGGCAUGCGGGAUGAUCUCAACCUCGGUGGCACGAAAGCGCUGAAUUGGCUGGAGACAUACUUCAGCAUCCCUUUUGCAAUCUUCAUGGUCCCUUCAGUCCUGAUCAUGAUGCGUGUCCGUCCUUCCCUCUGGCUGCCGAGCUUGGAACUGGUUUGGGGCAUUCUCACCGGAUGUAUGGCAGCUACAAGCAAUGUCAAGCACAUGUACGCUCUACGGUGGCUGAUAGGAACAUGCGAGGCAAGUGCCUGGCCCGGAAUGACCAUUUUGCUCCUUUCGUGGUAUACGCCAAAGGAGAUGGCCAAACGGCAGGCCUUGUUCCUCUCCGCUCAAUAUAUCGGCUCGAUGUUCACCUUUGCAAUGCAAUCCGCCAUAUACCAGACUCUGGACAACACUUCUGGGCUUCCAGGGUGGCGUUGGCUUUUCAUCAUAAAUGGACUCAUGACGCUCGUCGCAGCUGUGAUCGGCUAUGUUGUUGUUCCGGACUACCCUUCCUCGCCAAAUCCAUUGACAUCCUGGUACCUCUCUCCAUCCCUGGUUGCUACCGCCCAACUUCGACUCUCGGAGAUCGGAAAGAAGACGCAGACGCUGACUCCUCAGCCCGUCCUCCCGCUUCUCCGCAAAGUGGCCGGCCACAUGACGAGCUUCUCCUUCUUGUUGCUCUUCCUAGCGUAUGCACCAUGGGCAUGGUCGCAACAAACCAUCGGAUACUUCAACCUCUGGCUUGACUCUCUCCUCCUACCGAAUGGCGACAAGAGGUUUUCAACCGUCUCCGUCACCAACAUCCCAAUCGCAGGCUACGGGAUUUCUGUCGUCUCUGCUUUGAUCUUUGCUUCUUUGUCGGACGCUCUGCAAGUUCGUUGGCAACUCGCCAUAGGCAUCAAUAUGCUCCAACUCUUCUGCACGACUAUCCUCGCUGCAUGGCCUUCUGGUUUCGGGAUCAAGAUGGCUGCAUUCAUGCUGAGCUUCCUGACAGGGUGUAACGAAAGUCUGUUCAUGGCUUGGAUCGGAGAGACUUGUAAAGAUGAUGCUACGGAGAGGGCUGUUGUCGUUGCUUGGGCUGUUGCAUUGGUAUAUGCAGGGAAUUCAGGUUUGCCGUUGGUACUUUGGCCAGCCAACGAGGCGCCGACGUACAAGUAUGGUUACAAGGUUGCGGCGGCAUUUUGUGGGGUUAGCAUCAUGGGUGUGCUCGGGUAUAGAUUUUUGAGGGGCAGGAAGAGGCAGACGAAGGAACGAUAA